AUGGACACUGUCGUAGUAGUCUUUGAAAGACUUUCGGCCCUAUCAUUAAAAAGCCUAUCAAAGCAUGCAAGAAAUCUUCUGUUUCCUCUUCGAAUAUUUCCUGUGCAGAUGGAAAAUGCCAAAAUAAUAAAGAGAUGGGCACUUACAAAAACUGAUAAAGACUAUGAAUUUGUUGAAAAGGAGGAAAGAUGCGAAACUCUGAAGUCUUUCAUUGAGCAGCUCAGAAUAAAUGUGUGCAUGGUUUUUGUGGACACAGUGGAAGAAAUGCCUGAAAAAUGGCACUUUCACAUUGACACAAUGGAGAAUAUAAUGCGUGUAUCCAUGCAGAACACUGUCCUGGAGAGGCUUGAAGUAAAGGAUACUGCUUCUAGUAUCCUGCAGGCCUCAAAUAUUUUCUUCAAACGGUCGAUUAUUUCUCUCAUUGGGAUUCGAAUUAAAAAUAAGAGUGGAAAGAAGGAGACUGUAGACAUCUCCAUAGGACUUGAUAAGACAGAAUAUCCUCUUCCUUCGGAAAUGUCCAUGGUGCUGGCACAGCCAACUGGAAUUCUUGUGCAUGGCUCGCACGCAAUAAUUGACAGCAAACUGCUUCUUAAAGUUCUUUCGAAAAACAGUCUGUUCUUCUGUGGAUAUGCACCCGGGAUAUUCCUUAAGCUGGAUUUGGUGCUUGACCGGCCAGUAGCAAAUAUUUACAGAGGCACAGAUUCCAUUACUAUUUUGGACUCUUCACUUCCCUUUAUGAAGAGACACUUUCUGCAGGAAUACAUCUCUCAUCUUCUGAGGAAGUUCGGAGAAGACAUUCGGGCUCUUGUGAGCAUAUUCUCUGAAAAAACAGAAAAGAAAGACAUGGAAGGAAUGUUAUUGGAAGAAAUGAAGCGCAUUCGGAUGAUGUCCAUUGAGAGAAAGAACCGACUUCUCUUGGGGAUGUGUGAUAUCCUGAGUACGCUGCACUUUAAGGAAUAUGACCCCAGGCACAAUAUCCUUGCAAGUAUGCACAUAAUAUAUGCAGACAUAAUAAAAAAGCAGAAAAUUGAAGGUGUUGAUGCCCCAAUUUGCAUGCACCUUCCGCCCACCAGAACUGCCCCGUCUUCUUCCCUGCACUGUCUUCUAAAGGGUAUUGAAAUGUAG